GCCCCGCCCGCCCUGAAUCCGCGAUCGCACCUCCGGUGUCGCUGCAGUGUCACCCGCAGGCUCACAGUUUCAGACGGUGGUUCGCGCCAGGCAUGGCGAAAGGUUGCGCUCAUCAUGGCCCUGCGACACUACACCCUGGACGUGCGUCUCUCUGCGCCAGCCGACUCUCCCUCCAUUGUGCGUGGACUUCAGACCAUUUUCCAAGAGCAGGAGAUGACAGAGACAGUUCAUAACACAGAAGGCCAUGGAUACCUGGCGACCUUCAUCGGAAAGAAUGGCAGAUUCCUCAUCCUCCGCGUCCUUUCCCAAGGGCUGGUGACCAUUGACCUGCAAUGCAGUGAAGGAGACGAUCUUGCACACGUGGAUCAUCUGCUUGACUCGCUGGAGGCUAAGCUGAAGACCCUUCUGCAUGGCACCAUCAGUAGGAUGAAGAGACUGCCGGCGCUACGGCGAGGCGCAGACGUGGACCGCUACUGGCCCACAGCAGACGGGCGCCUCGUGGAGUACGACAUUGACGAGGUCGUCUAUGAACAGGAUUCCGACUACCAGAACAUCAAGAUCCUGCAUUCAAGCCAGUUUGGGAACAUCCUCAUCCUCAACGGCGACGUCAACAUGGCCGACAGUGACUUGGCAUACACGCAGGCCAUCAUGGGUGGGGGCCGAGAGCAGUAUGCUGGGAAGGAGGUGUUGGUGCUCGGAGGAGGCGAUGGAGGGAUCCUGCAUGAGGCUGUCAAGCUCAAGCCCAAGAUGGUCACCAUGGUGGAGAUCGACCAGCUGGUGAUCGAUGGCUGCCGGAAACACAUGAGGAAAACGUGCGGAGAUGUGCUGGACAGCCUCCAGGGAGACUUUUACCAGGUGCUGGUGGAGGACUGUGUUCCUGUCCUGAAGAAAUUCGCAGAAGAAGGAAAGAUGUUUGAUUACGUAAUUAACGACCUGACAGCGGUGCCCAUUUCCACAGCGCCGGAGGAAGAUUCAACGUGGGAGUUCCUGCGUCUGAUCCUCGACCUGUCAAUCAAAGUGCUGCGGCCUGAUGGGAAAUACUUCACACAGGGGAACUGCGCAAACCUGACAGACUCCCUGCAGGAGUACGAGGGGCUGCUGGGACGGCUGUCCUGCCCUGUGAGCUUCUCCAAAGAGGUGGUGUGCGUCCCCUCCUACAUGGAGCUAUGGGUGUUCUACACUGUGUGGAAGAAGUAGACCCCAUCCACCCACCCUAUUGGUGUGGCCGGGGCGUGGUGGAGGUGUGGUUUAGGGGCUGUGCCUGCUUCUUCUGCCUGGUUGCACUCUGGCCACUCGUGCUGUUUUUCUUCCUUUGUAUGUGUGUUUGUGUGUGUGUGUGUAUGUAUGUGUGUAUGUAUGUGUGUGUGUGUGUGUGUGUGAGUGAACGAGAGGGCGGUUUGGGUUUUUAAGAGGUUUUUACUGUUGCGGUACUGCAGAAUGUACCUUGUGUUCCAGCUGGGCUGGGCUGCUCUGCGGGUGCCUGUUUUCACACUCUGAUUGGCUGAAAUCAGGUGUCUCCGCCCACUGCAUGGAGCACAAGGCCUCUUUUGUUUCUGGUGCGUGGUUUUGCUGGAUGGGGGCGCAUCUGUCUGUCUCUGCCUGUCCGUCUGUCUUGGGGUCAAGCAGCUGGCUUUGAGGCCAUCCUCUCAGCCACCACUCCGCCCCGCGAGGCAGAGCAGGCCGCAGACACCUGACGCCCCCUCCCUAUAUUUAAUUUUCUUUUUUUUUUCUCUUUUUAAUCAUCUGAGCGGGUGUAGUGGGUUAUUUUUUUAGUGUUGUUUUUUGCUUCUGUUGUCCCGGCAAGACGGCGACUCUGAUUUAGGUUUGAUCUGUAAACGGACUGCACUGAUCCCUUGCCGUAGGCGUGUUGUAAGCAUGUUUCAAAGGGAAAAUGGCGGCCUUGCCUUCCUGUUGAGAGGCUGUUUGUGAUGCUGCACAGAAGUACACAGAGUCCUUCCACCCCAAGCUGAGCCUUGCUGUUUGUCUGUCUCCUCUCCUCCUCUUCCCUUCACGCUCUGACCCCCAAAUGGGCGCAUCUCCUCUGCUUCUUGUGUUUUCUGCUGUGGCCGUGCUCAGGGGUGGGGAGGCCCCACAGCUGGAUGGCCUGAGCUGAGUAGGGUUUAUGUCCUUGGACGGGUAUUUGAGAGGUCAGUAUGUCUCCCAAGCCUGCCACAUCCUACAGCACCGACAGACCUUCUGUCAGACCCCAGCUGCUCAGCACCCACCUGCUCCUCCAUCCAUGACCCCCCCCCCCUCCCCCAAUGCAGAAGGCCCUGGCAGUAUCUGCACAGAAUGGUAGCUGUGUACGUGAACACAUGUGCUGCAGUGACCGUGUCAGUAGGGCUGCACCUCUUCACACAUGUGACAUUUAGACCUGUAUCACGGGGUGGGGGUGGGCAGAUGGUAGUGGGGGGGCACGUCCUGCCACCAGCUGCUGGGACCCCUGGCGGUGUGAUGAAAACCAGAGACACGGAGCCCCUUGGGCUGCAGGAGCAGCUCUCCCAGGAGCUCUCAAUCACAUUACGCAGAGAAUGAAUGGCACUUUAGAUAACGUGAAUCUCCUAGCAGCCCUGGAAAACCACCUGAGGGCUCGUUUGCUGGCUCUGCUCACCGGCGCCACCUCCUGGCCUGUUCUAUGUCAGCCUGCUUUUCUCUGCCGCCUGCUCCCACCAGUGUCACGUCCCUAUCAUUUUAAGCGGAUGUGUGUGUUUGAGGCCAUGGAUCCUGUCUUUAUUUGCACUGCCCCCCAUGUGGCACCGCCCAUCACCCACCUUAACAAGUCCCGUGAGCCCGGCAUGUUAACACCUGAGACGCCGAGUGUGUAAUGCCGCUGUCUGCCCGGACUGUGGCUGCACUAUCAUUGCCUGUGCGCUCAGUGUGGAGGGAAGGCCGUCUGUCCGUUGUUAAAUGACUGUGUUUUGUCUUUGAGGCUGUGCUUCCACCAAAGUGAAGGAUGCUGGGAGACUGUGGGCAUCUUGGGUCUGAUCUGCACUGCUGGGUGAAUAAAUAGUUCAAUAAAGAGAGUGUGAUACAAA